GGACGACAUCAUCAUCAUCACCAACAUCACUUCAUUUACCUGACAUGGUAUUCUCAUUUCCCCGGAUUUCAUCCUGCACUGAGGACUGAAGCACUGAACAGCCCGAGGUCCAAACGAGAUCAGAGGUCAACUCAGCUCCCAGCGCCAGUCCAGAGGCUGACCCAGUAGCCAGCGACCAACCAGACGUCAUCUCGACCACCUCUGAACCACCAGCCGCCUCCGACUCCACCACCGCUGCUGCUGCUGCUGCUGCUGCUGCUGCUUGCAUUCCUCAGGCCGACAGCGAUACUUCCAACAUGGCUGACCCGGCCGCUGAAGACAGCAAGUACCUCUUCCUGGAAAACGACUUCCGCAACAGCGGGGUGGCCCAGGCUGACUGGGCGGCCAAGAAGAUGGUGUGGGUGCCGUCAGAGAGGGAGGGCUUCGAGCAGGCCAGCAUCAAGGAGGAGAAGGGGGACCAGGUGCUGGUGGAGCUCUCCAACGGUCACAAGGUGACGAUAAACAAAGACGACAUCCAGAAGAUGAACCCGCCCAAGUUCAGCAAAGUGGAGGACAUGGCAGCCCUCACCUUCCUCAACGAAGCCUCCGUCCUGCACAACCUGCGUGAGAGAUACUUCUCCAGCCUGAUCUAUACGUACUCAGGUCUGUUCUGUGUGGUGGUAAAUCCCUACAAGAUGCUGCCCAUCUACUCGGAAAAGAUCAUUGAAAUGUACAAGGGCAAGAAACGCCACGAGGUGCCACCACACAUCUACUCCAUCACAGACAACGCCUACAGGAACAUGAUGCAGGACCGUGAGGAUCAGUCUAUUCUCUGCACAGGUGAGUCUGGAGCCGGGAAGACAGAAAACACCAAGAAGGUCAUUCAGUACCUGGCUGUUGUCGCCUCCUCGCACAAGGGCAAGAAGGACGCCAACCCUCAGCAGCAGCAGCAGCAGGCAGGAUCUCUGGCUUAUGGGGAGUUGGAAAAGCAGCUGCUGCAGGCAAAUCCAAUCCUGGAGGCCUUUGGCAAUGCGAAAACCAUCAAAAAUGACAACUCCUCACGAUUUGGAAAAUUCAUCAAACUCAACUUUGAUGUGACCGGCUAUAUCGUUGGGGCAAAUAUUGACACUUACCUGUUGGAGAAGUCUCGCUGUAUCCGUCAGGCCAACACUGAGAGAGCCUUCCACAUCUUCUACUACAUGGUGGCAGGAGCCAAAGACAAGAUGAAGGAGGAGCUGCUGCUGGAGGACUUCAGUAGCUACCGUUUCCUGGUGGCAGGUCACGUGGAGAUCUCUGGUCAGCAGGACGAGGAGAUGUUUGAUGAGACUCUGGAGGCCAUGGAGAUCAUGGGCUUCACCGAGGAGGAGAGAUUAGGGAUGUUGAAGGUGGUGUCCACUGUGCUCCAGCUGGGCAACAUGAAGUUUGAGAAAGAGAGGAACAGUGAGCAGGCGACUAUGCCUGACAACACUGCUGCCCAGAAGGUGUGCCACCUGCAGGGCAUCAAUGUGACCGAUUUUACCCGUGCCAUCCUCACGCCCAGGAUUAAAGUGGGCAGGGAGGUGGUACAGAAGGCCCAGACCAAGCAGCAGGCUGAUUUUGCAGUGGAGGCUCUGGCUAAGGCCAUGUAUGAGCGUUUGUUCCGCUGGAUCCUGGCCAGAGUUAACAAGACGCUGGACAAGAGUAAGAGACAAUCAGCAUCCUUCCUGGGCAUCCUGGACAUCGCUGGUUUUGAGAUUUUUGAGGACAACUCUUUCGAGCAGCUCUGCAUCAACUACACCAACGAACGUCUGCAGCAGCUCUUCAACCACACCAUGUUCAUCCUGGAGCAGGAGGAGUACAAGAGGGAGGGCAUCGAGUGGAACUUCAUCGACUUUGGCCUUGACCUGCAGCCAUGCAUCGAGCUCAUCGAGAGGCCGAACAACCCUCCAGGUAUCCUGGCUCUGCUGGACGAGGAGUGCUGGUUCCCCAAAGCCACCGAUGUUUCUUUUGUGGAGAAGCUGCUGAACACCCACACUGGACACGUUAAAUUCUCCAAACCCAAACAACACAAAGAUAAACUGAUGUUCAGUGUGCUGCACUACGCUGGUAAGGUCGACUACAACGCAGCCAACUGGUUGACAAAGAACAUGGACCCUCUGAAUGACAACGUGACAGCGCUGCUCAACAACUCCUCCAGCACCUUCAUCCAGGACCUGUGGAAAGACGUGGAUCGAGUGGUGGGUCUGGAGACCAUGACCAAGAUGUCUGAGAGUUCAGCGCCCACCAAAUCCAAGAAGGGCAUGUUCCGCACAGUGGGCCAGCUGUACAAGGAGUCUCUGGGCAAACUGAUGACCACGCUGCACAACACGCAGCCCAACUUCGUCCGCUGCAUCAUUCCCAACCAUGAAAAGAGGGCUGGCAAGAUGGACUCCCACCUGGUGCUGGAGCAGCUGAGGUGUAACGGCGUGCUGGAGGGCAUCCGAAUCUGCAGACAGGGAUUCCCAAACCGCAUCGUGUUCCAGGAGUUCAGACAGAGGUAUGAGAUCCUGGCUGCCAAUGCCAUCCCUAAAGGCUUCAUGGAUGGGAAACAGGCCUGUUGUUUGAUGGUUAAGCACCUGGAUCUGGACCCUAACCUGUACCGUAUCGGCCAGAGUAAGAUGUUCUUCAGGACGGGGGUUUUGGCCCAGCUGGAGGAAGAGAGAGACCUCAAACUGACUGUCGUCAUCAUCGCCUUCCAGGCUCAAGCAAGAGGCUUCCUGGGCCGCAAGGCUUUCAGCAAACGCCAGCAGCAGCUGAGCGCCAUGAAGGUUAUCCAGAGGAACUGUGCCUGUUACCUCAAACUCAAGAACUGGCAGUGGUGGAGGCUUUUCACUAAGGUGAAGCCGCUGCUGCAGGUGACCAGACAAGAGGAGGAAAUGGGUCAGAAGGAGGAAGAGCUAAAGGCAGCCAAAGAGGUGGCUGCAAAGACUGAGGCCGAACUGAAGGACAUCACUCAGAAACACACCCAGUUGAUGGAGGAAAGGGCGCAGCUGGAGUCAAAGCUUCAGGCGGAGACGGAGCUCUGCGCUGAGGCCGAGGAGAUGAGGGUGCGACUGGAGGCCAAGAAGCAGGAGCUGGAGGAGGUGCUGCAUGAGAUGGAAGCCCGGCUGGAGGAGGAGGAGGACCGCAGCAACGCCCUGCAGCAGGAGAGGAAGGACAUGGAGCAGCAGCUGCAGAUGAUGGAGACCCACAUAGCCGAGGAGGAAGACGCUCGACAGAAGCUGCAGCUGGAGAAAGUGGCUGUGGAAGGAAAGGUGAAGAAACUGGAGGAAGACGUUCUGAUCAUGGAGGACCAGAAUAGCAAACUGCAGAAGGAGCGAAAACUCCUGGAGGAGAGGAUGGCUGACAUGAGCUCUAACCUGGCCGAGGAGGAGGAGAAAUCGAAGAAUCUGACCAAACUCAAAGCCAAACACGAGUCCAUGAUCUCUGACCUGGAGGUGCGCAUGAAGAAGGAGGAGAAGGGUCGUCAGGACAUGGAGAAGGCUAAGAGGAAGGUGGAAGCGGAGGUGGCCGACCUGCAGGAGCAGCACGCCGACCUGCAGGGUCAACUAGGAGAUCUCCGAGGCCAGUAUGCAGCCAAGGACGAGGAACUUCAGACCACUCAGGCCCGUUUGGAGGAUGAGAGCAAUCAGCGUGGGGCGGCUGUGAAGCGAGUUCGAGAGUUGGAGACGAUGAUGUCAGAGCUACAGGAGGACUUGGAGGCAGAAAGGGUGGCGAGAGGGAAGGCCGAAGCAGCUCGACGGGACCUCGGGGAAGAACUUAACGCUCUACGGUCUGAGCUGGAGGACAGCCUGGAUACAACCGCCGCCCAGCAGGAGCUUCGGGCGAAGCGAGAGCAAGAGGUGGCCAUGUUGAAGAAAGCCAUGGAUGAGGAGGGACGGAGCCACGAGGCCCAAAUCCAGGAUCUGCGACAGAAACAUAGCCAAGCUGUGGAGGAGCUCACAGAGCAGCUGGAGCAGGGCAAACGGGUGAGGGCCGGUCUGGAGAAAGCCAAGCAAGCUCUGGAGAAGGAAACGGCAGAUUUGAGUGCCGACCUGAGAUCCCUCGCCAGCGCCAAGCAGGAGGUGGAGCACAAGAAGAAGAAGGUGGAGGGUCAGCUGAAUGACCUGCACUCUCGCUUCAACGAGAGCGAACGUCAAAAGAACGAGCUGACCGAGCGAGUCUCAAAGAUGACUAUGGAGCUGGACAGUGUGACCGGUCUGCUGAACGAGGCCGAGGGAAAGAACAUCAAGCUGAGUAAAGAUGUCUCCAGUUUGUCCUCUCAGCUCCAGGACGCACAGGAGCUGCUGUCAGAGGAGACCCGUCAGAAGCUGAAUCUGUCUGGACGUCUCCGUCAGAUGGAGGAGGACAGGAACAGCCUGAUGGAGCAGCUGGAGGAGGAGACGGAGGGCAAACGGGCUGUGGAGAGGCAGGUGUCCAGCCUCAACAUGCAGCUGUCUGACUACAAGAAGAAGCUAGACGAGAUGUCGGGGACAGCGGAGAUGCUGGAGGAGGGGAAGAAGCGUCUGCAGCGCGAGCUGGAAUCGGUUAACACCGAGUACGAGGAGAAGGCUUCAGCCUACGACAAGCUGGAGAAGAGCCGAAACCGGAUGCAACAGGAGCUGGAGGACGUUCUAAUGGACCUGGACAGCCAGCGGCAGCUUGUCUCCAACCUGGAGAAGAAGCAGAAGAAGUUUGAUCAGAUGCUGGCGGAGGAGCGAGCUGUGUCGUGUAAGUUCGCAGAGGAGCGAGAUCGAGCCGAGGCAGAGGCGAGGGAGAAGGAGACGAGGGUGCUGGCUGUGACCCGAGCACUGGAGGACAACCAGGACGCUCUGGAGGAGGCAGAGAAGACCAUAAAGUCUCUCCGAGCUGAGAUGGAAGAUCUCAUCAGCUCCAAGGAUGACGUGGGGAAGAGUGUGCAUGACCUGGAGAAGGCGAAGCGAGGCCUGGAGGCCAUCGUGGAGGAGAUGAGGACGCAGAUGGAGGAGCUGGAGGACGAGCUGCAGGUGGCCGAAGACGCCAAGUUGCGUCUGGAGGUCAACAGUCAGGCGCUCAAAGCUCAGCAUGAGAGAGAGCUGCAGGCCCGAGAGGAGAUGGGAGAGGAGAAGAGGAAGCAGCUCCUGAAACAGGUUCGUGAGCUGGAGUCAGAGCUGGAGGAGGAGAGGAAGCAGCGAGGUCAGGCGUCUGCUGGAAAGAAGAAGCUCGAGGGGGAGCUGAAGGACAUGGAAGACCAGCUGGAGGCCACCAGCAGGGGGCGUGAAGAGGCGCUCAAGCAGCUCCGCAAAAUCCAGGGCCAGGUGAAGGAUGUCCAGAGGGACUUGGAGGACUCUCGAGCAGCCCAGAAGGAAGUUCUCGCCUCAGCCAGGGAGUCUGAGCGCAAAUCUAAGGCCAUGGAGGCCGACAUCAUCCAGCUCCAUGAGAUGUUGGCAGCAGCUGAGAGAGCUCGCAAGCAGGCGGAGGCGGAGAGAGACGAGCUGUCUGAAGAACUGGCCAGUAACUCCUCUGGAAAGUCACUGCUGUCAGAUGAAAAGCGCCGCCUGGAAACGAAGAUCAGCCAACUGGAGGAGGAGCUGGAGGAGGAGCAGACCAACGUGGAGAGUCUCAACGACCGGCUGAGGAAGAGCCAGCAGCUGUUGGAGCAGCUGGGAACAGAGCUGGCAGCAGAGAGAUCUUCCUCUCAGAGCAGGGAGGGAUCCAGACAGCAGCUAGAGAAACAAAACAAGGAGCUGAAGGCCAAGCUGCAGGAGAUGGAGGGCCAGGGACGCUCUAAACUCAAGGCCUCUAUCGCUGCUCUGGAGGCUAAACUGAGAGAAGUCGAAGAGCAGCUGGAAAUCGAGAGCAGAGAACGUCAGGCCAGUGCCAAGAAUCUGCGUCAGAAAGAGAAGAAGCUGAAGGAUUUAACCAUCCAGAUGGAGGAUGAGAGGAAGCAGGCACAGCAAUACAAGGACCAGGCAGAGAAGGGCAACAUCCGGGUGAAGCAGCUGAAGCAUCAGCUGGAGGAAGCAGAGGAGGAGGCGCAGCGCGUGGUGGCGGCCCGCAGGAAGCUGCAGAGGGAGCUGGAUGAGGCCACCGAGGCCAAUGAUGCUCUCAACAAAGAUGUGGCUUCGCUCAAGAGCAAACUGAGGCGUGGCGGCGGGGAGGCAGUGUUCAGCAGCCCCAGUCCUCGGAGCAGCAGCAGCGGUGGCAGCAGCAGCAUCAGGAGCUUGGGGCUGGGAAGUAGCAUCAGCCGGAGGAGCACCAUCAAAGAGAACUCGGUGGAGAUGCAGGAGGAAGAGUUUCGUUCCCCAUCUCCUCCUGCCUGCACCCCACCUCUGGAGGCCCACGAGGAGGCCUACACCUGCUCUGCCGACGAGUAGAUGGACCAGACUCUUUGCAAUGAUUGGGUUUCAAGUGAAGUGAGCCUUUCCAGAAAUAUUUUUACACUUUAAAUUAGAAAAUUUCCAAAAUUUAUUAAUAACACUCCAGAACCACAGGAGAGUCCUGGACAUUUUAAUCAUACUAUGGAUUAAUGUAAAGUCAUUUUUGGUUUGCAAGGAAUUACAAAUUAUUUGGGGGAAAGUAGGGAGAAAAUGUAAUUAUUCCCAACAGCACAAUAGAAAACCUAACAUUUGCUAGAAACCAAAAGAAAAUAAAUUCUACACUCUCUACCGCACUAAUACCAAUGUCAUUCUGAUGUUAGAAUUUUCUAUUUAUUCCUUAAAUUAUUUUUUAACAGUCUGUAAAAUGUAUAUUUUUCCAAGCAAAAAUGUCAAACCGUUUCUAGUUCCAUCCUCUCAAAUGUGAGAUUUUGCAGCUUUUGAACUGUUGACAUGAAACAAGCAUUCUGAAGAACUUUAUGAUGCACCUACUUUCCGACACUUUAUUUAAAAACUAUUUUAUCAGUUAAUCGAGAAAAUAUUUGACUUGAUUUGAGAGAAAAAAUAUAUAUUUUACAUUUGUUUUUAAAAAUAUCAUUUAAUUUUAAAGUCUUCAGGUGUAGCUGUUUUUUCCUCGGUCCUGCCUUCUGCCCUAAAUGUGCACAAUCCUUGGUAUUCUUAAAUUUGAAAUAACUUUUCAUGCUUUGUUCACUAGUUAGGAAUUUUCCACCUUUCUGUCUGAGAAAUUGGAUUUUAUGUAAAAUUGCUCCAAAAAAAGAAUUUCUACAAGACUGAAGUAAAGCUGCUGAAUUUAUUCAGUUUCUCUAUUUGUCUAGAAUUUCUACAGCUCUUUUUCGAUUUUGGUCUCUGAACAUUGACCUCCUCAAGCUGUUCUUGAUGCUUUGCGCUGUAGCUUCAGCUGCCUUGUUUCAAUUUUCAAUGUGUUGAUAUGCUUCAGCAGACAGGCUACUCUACUUCACAGCGGUCUAAGUUUUUAUUUUUAUGAUCCAGAGUUGGGGUGGAUAAAUUUAGCCACUAUUGUAUCAAUCUGUUUGCAACAAAUAUUGGCAGAUUCAAUCCAAAUAUACUCACCCCCUACAAAGAGCAUAAAUUACCCACCUAUGUUUCCAUCCCCCCUAAUUUGAACUAAACAUAGCGAAACUUAAGAGGUCCACUUGUUCGUAAAGUUCAAAUAUCAACAAGUUACAUGUAAACCUAAUCGAUUUAUUUAAUCUGCUUAUAGUAGUUGGAUGAUUUGUCUGUAUAUGUGUGAGGAAUCCGUCUUCCAGGUCAAGUUAUAUCUAAGUGCUGAAGGCAGCUGGAUGUUUGAGUUUCCUGAAGAGGUUUCAGCUCUCAUCUGAAACAUUUGUUCAGUUCCAACUACUCAAAUACAUCAUCAGUGGCAUCCGCUCCAUUACCUACAACACCCAUUCACCAUCCUAGCUCCUCUGGUUGGGAACACUCCACACCACAACAGAAACUCCCAGGAUUUUACCAAAGAGGUUGGAAAACACAAAACAGGACUCAGGUGAAACCGUGGUAACCUACGAUAUCACUUCACUCUUCUCUUUACUUCUCUACAUGAAAGAUGUAGUCGGACCUUCUUGUAUUUUGUGGCCUCAACAUCAACACGCGCAGAAAUCCUAAAACGCAUAGAGACCAUUAAACACCAUUUGAUUCUCAGCACUGACUGGGUCCACAAGGACAGAGAGGAAGAAGCACAAAGCACUUUAACUCCAACAACUAAUUUCAACAUGAAUGUACCAGAAAUUUGAAUUUAUACUAGUCUGUCACUCAGGAAGAAAGUAGCUUAUUAAGACAGAUUUGAAAUUUUGAAUUUGUUAAUUACAUUCUUAAACUGUAUUUUAAAUGCCACUGGGCACUGACUGUGUAAAACAGGACGAGUCGGUAGAUGAAAGUUAACAACAGUGGAGACAUUUUUGCCAAUUCCAAUGACCAAAAACAAAUGACGUGUUUCAAUAUAGUCCUGACAUCCCUCCCCACACAGCUUAACACGCAUUCACAUCUCAAAUCGGAGGACCCAAACAUCUCCCGUCCAAUCAGAACUGAACAAGCCUUUCAGAUGAGAAGCGAAAUUUUAUCAUCAACCUAAAGCACAACCAGCUGCCUUCACUUAGCACUUGCAUAUGAAUUCGCUAUAUCUAUCAUCAAGAGUAAACAAUAACAAAUUGCUGUCAUGACACAUGCAUGUUUGCCAUUCAUGAUGUAAACUCCCCAAUAAAUUUAAAACCAAUUUGGUUCUCACAACAGUUAAGAGCUGGUAACACAUUACACAAAUUCAUCCAAUCCUGUCAUCAUGGUUUAGACUUCACUUUGUUUGGAUGCAGCAGCAUACAGUUAAACAGGCUGAUUCCAAAUGGUUUAGCUUUAAUUAGUAAAAUAACCUUCAUUUAAUAAAAUAAUUAGGCAGUGAGCACAAGGGAGAUAUAAAUGCUUAACUGUCUGGAAUCAGAUUACCAACUUAAUGUUUCAUUUUGUUAAGUGAAAUGAAGGCAAUAAAAAAAUCUUUGAAAAAUUUUGGGAUUAAUAUAACAUAAUUUGCAAAAUAAUAUAUUUGGAUUGACUUUGUAUUUCAGGUAGUUAAAAUAAAUCCCAUGUAUACAGUCAGUUUGUGCCUUUCAGACCUUAUGUUAGUCACAGACCUAACAGACACUUCUUGUCCAUAAGUGUACCAGAUUUUAGGCUGAUGUGUAGCACUUAUGAACUUCUAAUUUGACUUAUUUGUAAUAAUUAAGGUGCCAGUGAUUUUGUGAGCUGCAUUAAAACAAUGUCCAUCUAGAUGAGUGUUUUAGCACCAUUUCAGAAAUAAGUUCGGUCCUAAAAAUCCCAGAGCACCGUGAACAUAGUACAAGGUGGCUGAAAACAAUGUGCAGAUUGUCUACAAAAUUUAGAUGCUCUUGUCCACAUGGCACAUGGUGUUUAAAAACAUCUUUUCUGAAGACAUCUACAGACUCAGUGAAGACUUCUAAACAGCUGCAAGAAACAAUGUUGUCCACUACACAAUAAAAAGAACAUUUAACCCUUUUCUCAGGUUGAAUCUGUGUUCUAAUGUAAAACAGCUGAAAGUGUUGUGUGAGUGUAAUGUUUAAAUUUAGCAAGGAAAUGUUUCCAUCAUGGCCACAAUCUUUGGAUUACAAAAUAAAGCUGCAAAUUGUGAAAUGGGUUCAAACCUGCCACUGACUGAAUAUUUUUUUUCCAUUCAAAUGGUUUGAAAAGUCUAAGAAUUAUUAAGCUUUUGAUUAAGAACCCCUUGUUUUUUGUUGGGUUUUUAUCUGCUCAACAUGUAUUUUUCAGAAAAUUAUACAUCCCUUUGCAACUCAACUGUAAAGGUAAUAAAUGAAAGGCACAAACUGAGACUAGUUCUUUAUGCACUUCAUUGGGGGGGUUCAGAAUAUUUGGAGAAUGUGUUUGCUUUGAAACUGAAUGUCAAAUUACAUUUGUAGCCCAGCUGUUUUCUUCUUGAAAUUGUGUGAUUUUAAAGCUCACAGAUACACAACAUAUAAUUAUAAUAAAAGUGACGUGUACUACAA